AUGGCAACUAAUCAACAACAAAAUGCUGCUGAAUUCAAACUGAUUCUAGUUGGUGAUGGUGGUGUUGGCAAAACAACAUUCGUUAAGCGACAUUUAACCGGUGAAUUCGAAAAACGAUAUGAAGCAACGAUUGGCGCUACGGUUCAUCCUCUCGAUUUUUCAACAAAUUUAGGUCGAAUCGUUUUCAACGUAUGGGAUACAGCAGGUCAAGAAAAAUUCGGUGGAUUACGUGAUGGAUAUUACAUCAACGGUCAAUGUGCGAUCAUUAUGUUCGACCUCACCUCGCGUAUAACCUAUCGAAACGUUCCGAACUGGCAUCGCGACUUAAUUCGUGUUUGCGAACACAUUCCAAUGGUUCUAUGUGGAAACAAGGCCGAUCUCAAAGAUCGAAAAUUAAAAGCAAGAUCAAUUACAUUCCAUCGCAAGACUAACAUGCAGUAUUAUGAUAUCAGUGCACGAUCGAACUACAAUUUUGAAAAGCCAUUUCUUUGGUUGGCAAGAAAACUGGCAGGCGAUGACAAUCUGCAAUUUGUUUGCGCUCCAGCAGUCGAGCCACCUGAUGUUGUCAUGCCUCUACAAAUGCCCGAGGAUUCGGAGUUAUUUGCUUUACCUGAUGAUGAUGAUGACGAUCUGUAA